AUGGUGCAGGAAUACCAGUCUCCCGUCCGGGUCUAUAAGCACCCUUUUGAGCUCAUAAUGGCGGUGAGUAAUGUUGUUAUGCAGCCUCAAGUGUCACAUUAGUCCAACUGAUGAUCCACAGUGUCUUCCUUAUCAGAGUAUUGCAUAACUGAACUUGGAAAACAUCUGUAUCUUUUAGCCGGUGUUUACUCUGACCUUUUCACUUGGUAAACACAUUAGGCUUUGCUCCAAAACUAAUUCACAAGAGUACACUGCCAGCUCCAAAGCAUAACAAAAUUUGCUACAAAUUGAUGCAAAAUCAUGAUACCAUUGAGAAGUUUCUGCAUUGACUAAACUAAAGGCAAUUUAAACAAAAGAUGUAUUUAGCUGUGAGGUGGUUUGUGUCAGGCCAGAUGAUAGUCAAAACUACAAAAACGUCUUUUUUUUUCUUUUUUUCCCAUUGCAUAUAUCCCCAGUGAGUCAUACACAUGAUUUUCUGGUGACAAAGUAAUGUUAUUUGUUUCGUCUGGAAAUGAUGUGUACAUGUACAAGACAAAAUCAACAGGGUUGAGAGUCUAGGCCUGGGCGAUUUGGCAAAAAAUGUGAUCAUGAUAUAUUUUGUCACAUCGUCCGACCUCGAUUAUUAUCACGAUUUUUUUUUUUAAACUGCAGGUUUUAAAGCAUAGGUACUAAAAACUAAAGAAACUAGAGAUUAGUUCAACAUUUUAUUAGCAUACAAAGUAAAUAACAAAGCAAAUUAAAUAAGAUAAACUUUGAAAAUUACCAUUUUAACUCAGCAAUAUAACAAAUGUUAAUAAAUAUUAAUUAAUACAGUGAAUUAGUUUACAGUCCUGAGUGUUUUUGCAGGUAUGCAAGACCCAAAAUAAACAAAUUGCCUCCUCAGAGAUAAUGAAGACGCCUUAAAAUGUAAACAUUAGAUGAUGUAAACGAAGAUGAGACGAUUAUUUGCUGCUUUGGUCUAGUGGCCGCUAGUUGUGGCUAAACUGCUAAUGCUACCCGUGCUGUCAGCAGUGGCAGGCUGUGCAGACUAUGCUGGCAUUUUUAUGUUUUCUGCAUAAUCACUUGUACUUCUUCAAGUGAUCAAACAGAUCUAUUGUGUUGCCACUAAUAAGGGCACCAACCGCCGAUGUAUGUUACACAUCGGCUUAAUUGCUCGACGCAACAUUGAAAAACUUCUCAAUAAUCACAUCUUCGGAGGAUGACUAAAAGUCACGACUGACAUCUGUUUUGCUGCCUUGGUUCAGCGUUUAGCUCCACGUUCGGUCAUUCUGUUUACUUCUCCGGCAACGUACAGAAGUGAGCAGGAAAAGCUCGAUGUUGUGACGCACAUUUCCGCAAUGUUUGAUCGAGUAAAUAUGCUCACAGCUGAUCACCGUGAUCGAACUGAAAUUUAUCACGAUCAUCGAUCACGAGGGCUGAACCAUAAUCACCCAGUCCUAGUUGAGAGACAUCAAUUUGUCCACAGACAGUCCAAGUAUCUAUGCAGACAAAGCCCCUCUUAUGAAUGUUACCUUUUCAAAACUCAAAAAUAUCUAUUCUACAGUUGCACAAAUCUACCUAAAAGCAGCAGAUUAUAGCUGAGAAGGAGUUAGAUAUAUACGGUUUUGGCAUUUCUGAUCAAGGAACAAAUCAAACACUGAACAUUUUUUGGAAAGACCAUCGCUUUACGACAAUUUUGCAGAGUUGGCAUUAUGUAAAAUGCAAACUUUUAUAGACCUGUCUGACCAUAAUCACCUUAACUACUGAAAUAGAAUUAUCAUACAAGUCCCAACAUAAAAGUUCUGCUUAGCUACAAUCCUUGGACAUAAUAGUUUGAGUCCAGAGACAAGAGUAAAAAUGAAGAACUUAAACAAAAGAAAAAGUACCACAUGUAAAAUCAAUGAAAUUACAAAGUGCCUGUUGCAAAGCAGCCUCAAAAGUUUUAACAUAAGCCUUGCUGACAAGGCCGACCAUAGUGAAGGAUUUUGGAAACUGGUCAGAUUUCAUGUGGGGGCCAUAGCCACCCUUAGCACCACCCUGCUGUUGUUUUCAAGCGACCCAAUUAAGCUGUUGUAGCCUUACGUGAAUGUACAUUGAAUAAUCUGAAUGGUGUCAGUCUGUGAGCUUCACAGACUCAUAUUAAACAGAAUCAAAUACAUUUUCAUCCUGUUCGUCCAUUUCGCUAAAUUUACUAAUUACAGUUCAGAUUUCUGAAUCAAUCAACAGUAAGGACUAUCAGAGGACUCUCACAGGACUCACUGUGAGACUGAACCAUGUUUGUUCCUCAGGAGUCACAAGACGAGUGAAAGAAUGUGCUGUCCUCUUUUUGCCUUACAACUGCCCAUUUAUGUCUUGUAGACAUGGUAAAUUACAGCAGGGCUAAAAACAUUUCAAACACCUACAAAGUGUCUGCAGCCUUGUCUGCCUCCCAGGGUCGUCUGUCUCUCUACAGAUUUUCACUUACCUGUCAUAAAUGCUGUUUGUGCACAGCAUCUAUUGCAAAAUAUACUGUCUAUUUUCUGUUUUUCUCUCCUGAUGCGUUGAUAAAUACAGUCAUUUUCAGGGCACAUACUGAGAGAAAGCUGCUUAUUAACCUUUGCAUUUCUUUCAGAAGUUUCUUUACUCUUAUUUCAAUGCCAGGUUCAGUUCUGCACUCCAUAAAAACUUAUAGAUGAUCCUGUUUUUCUCAUCAUUGCUUUUUAUUACCAUCUUUAUUUGACGCUUUAAAAAGUCAAGAGGUUAGGUCAGUGUGAUGGCAAGAGUUGAGUUCUUUUUUCUAUUGUGUUGCUGUACUUUUACAAAGCUUUUGGUUAUGUAAUAAUCCUUGAAUUCCUGAGCUGUCUGUUCCAUGAGCUGAAUUAAUUUAACUGUCAAAAUAUUUACAUUUCAGUGCAGCCGGGUUAAACAGCCCUAGUAAGGAAAUCCACCAAAGUGAUCCAACUUUUCCAAACAUUUUUACUCCUGCAAGAUAAAGCCAUCAAAUGUAGAGGAGGAAAUCCUGUUUUACUCAUAUACACCUCACAAGUUGAGUCUCAGAGCUUUAAACUUAGAACUGUAUGAAGCAAAAGUAGGGCAGAAGUCAGAAAAUUGUGCAUUUUCAUGAGAAGCAGUCAUUUUUUUCCCACUGUUGCGUUCUGUUUAUUGUUCUCUGCAGUUACAUAUUAAGCCAAAGACUUAUGCAACAUCCUCAGCAAGGGAUAAAGACCGUGAUGCUGCAGGCGCUAACACUUUGCUCUGCACGCUGGAACUCCUUCACCCAACAGUCCAAGUCAACACCUACACAAGCUGCUUUUUCCCUGAAAUACCUCUGCCUUCGCUAAUACUCCUGCAUCACUGCACGAUGUUGAAAAAGAUCAUAAAAGGCCUUUUGUGAAAAACUAACAGCUCCCAUGAAAAGAUCCAGGCCUUGACAGCAUAAAAGGGAGAAUCCAGUGAAAAGAGUAACCUUGCUCAGCUUCCAUUUAUCUUUGGGUUUCUCAUUAGAGCUCAGCUCAUCCUGCCCCCUGACUUACUCUUGGUUAUUACUCCUGCUAACAACCUUGUUCAAUAUCCUGUGCGCUGCUAUAUGCUCAAACAUAGACAUGCACACUUUCUCUUUUAUUUACGUGACUUUAGGAGUCACCUGCAUUUUUAUGUAAUUUAAAUUCACAAUAUUUGCUUAUAUAAAGCCAUGCUAGCCUACCUUUAAACAGUUUACAUCUGGAUAAGCGCAUUCAGUCAAUACAGCCUGAGGAAAUAAAGCUCCCUUUGCUCCACAGUUACAGCCUUAUACUGUUAAUGGCUCGCCAAAGUGAAAUAUGGUCGUGACAAAUAUUUUCUUACUGAAGGCAAAAAAUGUCUCCUGGGGCUAUUGAUAUUUCUACUUAAAGGGAUAGUUUGUUUGUUGAAGUGAGGGUUUAUUUGGUGUUUGUCAAUUUUAACUGUAUUACCCACAGGGGUCAGCAAGGCCUCAAUGCUGAAAAACCAGCCACAGAACCUGAACAAAAACAAGGAUAUCGACUGCUAUGGACUGGGUCAGCUCUCCCAAUAUGAUUAAGCAAACGCUAACCCAAACACUAACAUUGGUUUAAAUGUUUGCUGUAUGUAGAAACUUUUCAGUACUUUGCAGUCAGCAAACCCAUCUGGAAUUUUGAUAUUGUUGCCUCUCAAAUCAAUAUCAUCUUGGCACCAAUAGCUCUGAUAUCAGCAUAGACAACAAGCGCCAUGAAAGGAGAGUACUAUGUAGACGUCAAUAAUUAAUGCAAUUGACUGACUUACACAUAAUGAGUAAUUCCUGUCAAUGUUAAGAAUUAUGUUGAAUUAGAGUGACAACUUUCGUGAUAGUAACUUUUGAUUAGAUAAAAACUUUGCCCUCUCUUCUGUAGACUGUUUUCACAACACUGAGAUGUGCGUAAACUACAGGUUUAGAUGCUACAGGUAAACACUGGUCGCAUUGGUUUGGCAGUCCAUAAGUGUGCCCCCAGUGUCAAGGGCGACAUAGUUGGAUAAUGCAGUUAGAGAUUGAUCUUCUCAGUCAUCUGUGUGGCUCAAGAAGCUCUGAGCUGGGAGUUGAAUCACAUAAAUGCGUUGCGAGGAAGCCUAGUAGUAAAUAAAACUUGACAGAGAAAGAAGAAACAGUACAGAGCUGUAGAGUGAUGGUGUUUUCAUAGUACGCAAUAUCAUGUUUUUUGAUGAAUGUUUUGAUAGAUAAUAGGUCAACCAAAAGGCGACCUGAUAGCUGAAGUGGGUAUGUCACCACCUAUCACAGUGGAAGCAGAUAUGCUUCAGUCAGUAAUUAAAUUUUUUCCCAGUGCUUGUGAACAGUAAUCUAGUUAAAUCAGCUAUAUUUAUAGCUUGACUCUUAACUAUGUAUGCAAAUGUACUGAGCCUUGCUUAAGCUUGCAUUUUCAGGGUAUCUGUAACUGUAAACGCAUUGUUACUCCCAUGCAUGUUUACAUUCUGCAGUUGUAACACAGACUUACCGUAGAUUAAUUCCUGCAAUGUGACUACAGCACAUGCGGACAUCAUAGUUUCUUUGUGUCAGAAGAUAUGGUUCAGCCCUGGAGCAGUGGCAGUAAUGUCUGGAGAGUUUGUUUUUUCUGCUCAGUCUUCCCCUUUAACAGCUACCAAAGUGACUUUGACAAGCUCAAGCAGGAUUCAGUACAUUUGCACGUGUGGACCAUAGAUUGUGUUUAUUAUGCAAUGAAACAAGAAAAUCAUGAGAGCUAAAACUUACUUUGAAGAUGCACCUCCAGUUACCUUACUUUUUACCUGAUUUAAUGUCUUAAAAUUGAAGAACGCAGGUACAACAGGAUUGGUUGUUCAGUGAGGCAGGAAUGGUGCGUGAUGCAGACUGCAGCUGUAUGUGAAUCACUGGUAUCCUCUGAUUCAGGAAGUACAAAGUCCAUCUUUAGACAGUAAGCAGUUUUCUCACUUCACAGGCUCAUAGUUUAGACACCUACACCACCAGGUAACUCGGGAUCUCUCCUGCUUUUCAGUUAACAAAGAAGACUCAGUCUUCCUUAUAAACUCUGGUCCAUGGAAAAUGUCUUCUUGUGUCCAUGAUACAUAGCAUGUCUUUGUCACACUCAGAAUGGCUCAUUUUUUGAGUUUGGUUGUGUUAUUUUCUCUUUUUAAGUCCACGGACCAGCUGUUCAAACACUUGCUAUUGAUAAGAACCUCACACUUUAAAAUCAAUGAUCCAGUCAAACACAUUUAGCUUAUCCUUCAUAUUUUUUUCUGCUGAUCUGGCUCUUUAAGCCUUAUCAGUUUAGAGGAACUGGGCGGACAAAGACACUUAUUCUUCUGCAAUCAGAGACACUGUUUUUGUUGCAAAGUCUGUCAGUUUCACAACACCGGUCAAUGCUGCUUAUUUACCAAGAAAACCUUUCCCAUCAAUUAGCUCACUGAGUAAUGUCAUCUUAUUGAUCUGACCGCUCGUAUGCUGUACUGUGUCAAUACAGACAGGGUAUUUGUGUGUGUGCCAAAGAUCAGCGCUCAGAGGUGAAUCAGGAUUGCAAAAAAAAGGUUCAUAUUUCAGUCUCUUCUUCACUAUUUUUCCGGUGCCUGUAUUAGGGUUGGUUCCUCACACUGUAAUAUGCAUGUGGUCAAAAUCAAAUCACCAUCUCCCGUGGAAUAAAAUAAGGGAAAAAUAGAAAAAAACAAAACGUGCAUUUCUCCCCCUAAAACCAAGGAAGUUCACUGUCUAAGAACAAAGGGACAGAGCAACUAGACUGAUAAAAGUAGCAUUUAAAGCUAAGACCUCUUUUUGCCUAAUGUUGGGAGCUGUGCUUUUUUUAAAACCAGUAUAGUUCCAGUGCCCUCUGUGCCCUUAGUUACCUGUUACAUAGCCUGUUCUAUUUUUAUAUAUCCUGAAACAGCCGAUCAGUCAAUAUUGACAGGUGGGUCCCAGAGGAGUCGGCCAGGACAGAUGUUCCCACUGUGUGCUGCUGUAGGCAAUAAAACUCAGUAAUCACUGCUGUAAAAGCUGCCAAAAAUACAGGCUGCUGCUGUGCUGAACAUCCAGUUUUAUGUGUAUUUUUAUGAACAGAGCAAAGCCUUUAACCAUUAAAUGAAGCUUAACCUGAUAGAAAAAGUACAUGUGCUCGGGCUGCUUAAGAGUAAGUGCACUACUUUGAGUUGGUGUAUGUUUACAGGGCUUUUAUGCAGGGUAUGAUAUAAGUCAGUGCACUAAAGCAGUGAAAAAAAAAGUACAAUUAAAGCUGCUGUAAGGAACUUUUGGUUUGUGUUCUCUUUGGCGCCCUCUGCGGACAACUAGCCCUUAAAUGCCCGAAACCACAAAUUAUGGCUAGAAAAUUAAAAGUUUUUGGAGUUAAAAUGUUUAUUUUACUUACAACUGAAAACAACAACAACAAAAAUCAAAAUGUCCUUAAAAUUUAACUAAAAAAAUAUUUAUCUUGUUUGAUACAUUAGAUGUUUUUGGAAACUGAUAAACCACAAGAGGACGUUUUUAUCAUUUAUCGGACUGUAUUCAGGUGUUUUUGUUAGUAAUUUGUUCAUCAUAUUGAUUUGAUAGAAGUAUCCUAAAAGUAUGUAUCAAAUAUAAUACAAAAGGCAUUAAAGGGCUAGUACAUCUAAUCCCCUCUGAUGUUGUCCUGUGCAUGCCAAGACAAUGUUUUUGACAAAAUAAAUAUUUUUUCAAUAAUAUGAAAUUAUGAUGAAAUUUGAUGUACUGGAAACACUUCUGAUACUUUUUUGUGAUCUAUAUGGGGACAAUUACAUGUUUGUGACUAAUUUCAUGAUAUGAUAUGCAGAGAGGGUUAUUCAAUCUUGUCAAAAGAAGGUCCUUUGAGAAAGCAAGCCACUGCUUUAACAUGCAAAGCAAGAUGGAGACCUGACAUAACUGACCCUCUAGUCACUUUGCUCUCCUCCCUUAUCAGGUCACGAGUCAAUCAUGCAUUUAUAAAGAAAAACUACAGAAUAUUAGAAAGUGGAUGCAUCUUCCAGAGUGCUGGUUUGAUUGACAAGACUCCUCAAUUUGGCCCCUAAACAGUUAUAAAUCCUAUGUUUAAACAUUUCUUCCCUUGUUCUCUUGUGAUUUUCUCUUUUCUCAGGCCUACAUGAGGAGGUUCCCUAAGUGUCCCCUGAUCCCUGUCUUUGUGGACAGUGAGAUUAUCAAUGAGACCCAAAGCAAGGAUGGAUCAACAGUGGUGACUGAGAGGCGCUGUGUCAUUGACAUUGAGGCCCCAAGGCUGCUUAAGAGGGUACAUCGACUGACCAUUUUCACAGACUGAAAACUUUUACUCAGUUCUGACAGUCUCUGUUAACAAAGAUUGAGGAACCAAAACACAAAUCUCUCAUCAAAACCUUGUCAGAAAUUCCAAAACUGAAAAUGAGAAUUUUGCAGCAAGGUUUCAAGAGAUUUUUUUAAUAACUUUGUUGGUGACAUUUCUUUAAUCAGGCGUCUUCUAUUGUCUUUUUCUUCAUGCAGAUUGCUGGUGUGGACUACCUUUACUUUGUCCAAAAGAACACUCUGAACCGCAGAGACAGGACGCUCCACAUCGAGGUUCACAAUGAGACCUUCUCCAACAGAGUCAUUGUCCGAGAGAGCUGCAACUACACGGUGAGCCAAAACAAAAGACAAAAGAAACCAAAAGAGUUUCAUAUUCUCAUGUUUUAUGAUUUAUUGUUUCUCUUAAUCCCCUCUUUCAAAAAGGAUACAACACCCUCAUUGUUGCCUUUUUUGUGUGCGUACCAGUUACAAUCUGGUAUUUGGCUUCUUCCUUUUCUUUCUAUUUGUCACUGUGUGAGUUUUUCACACAAACAGAGCUUAGACACAGCAUGAAAGACACAAUAAUGGCUUCUCUGUUUAAUGCAUGAAUUACUGAUUUACUAUGAUCCUCUUGUAAAGCUGCAAAGCAUUGUCCAAUAUCAUUAAAAAUCCCCCUGCGAAGAAAGAAUCAUUGCAAAAUCAGCUUUGGCUAUGAAUGCUGUGUUGUGGGAUUAACAUGUCCCAUACUGUCCCUAAAUAUUGAAACACCAAAUAAACAAACAGACAUCUUCAUUUCCACAGAAUAAAAUCAAUAAUGAGUAUUAUUUCUGUUGCAAAUGUCACCUAAAGUUCACAUGAAGUAUAAAAAGUUGUCUUAGAUUUGGAGCCAUUGGUUUCCUUUGUGCUCAAAAUAGUACAUCACAUUUAUGGUUCAGUGUCCACUCAUCAUAGCCAUAAACACUUUUAGCAUUUCUAGUUUUGAUUCAUGCUCGUCUUCCUCAGGUUCAUCCAGAGAAUGAGAGCUGGACGUGCUUCGAGCAAACAGCCAGUCUGGACAUCAAGUCCUUUUUUGGCUUCGAGAGCACAGCAGAGAAGAUCGCUAUGAAGCAGUACGCUAGCAGCAUCAAAAAGGUUUGAAAACUUUCACUUUAUAUAUUUGGAAAUCACCCUUACUUUUUGGAAACCUUAUUCGCAACUCAGCUGCAUUGUGGUUUUCUUUUACAUUUGUUUCCUGCAGUCACCUUAAUGGUUGUGUUAAACAAAAGAUUUUCUCCUUCCUGUGCUGUAGGGUAAAGAAAUAAUUGAGUACUACCUCAGAGAGCUGGAGGAAGAAGGGGUGACGUAUCUACCUCCUUGGACCCCCCCUGUUGUCCCUGGCACCCCUGCUGCCCGACUGCAGCUGCAGACGCCCUCUCCAGCCAGAGCCAUCCCAGGGAAGGGAUCUCAUAAUGGGCCUGAUGGCAAAGACACGGCUGGCCCCACAGAGCUACCUGCUGGAUCUCCUGAUGGUUAGUGUUUCCUCACCAAACUAGAACACAGAAAUAGGUUUAGAGAUAUGAAGGAUUCAGUUUUGUCCUAUUCAUAUGAAAGUCUGCAGAUACCAGUUUGAACAAUUAAGUUUCAUGGUUCUAUAUGUGGCAUUUUGAAGUACUUUUGCUCACAUUAUUUAGCAGCAACAAACAUCACAGGUCCUGCAGGAAUAAUCGACUCUUUUAUAUAUUUUUUUUCUUGUUUGAAGUACACUUUGUUCACACCGUAUGUACUAACCUCAUAUUGCUCAUGUGCUUUUGCCCCGCAGAUAAGUUGGAUGCUGAUUACAUCAGACGUUACCUUGGUGAUCUAACACUCAUGCAGGAGAGCUGUCUGAUUAGACUGCGUCAGUGGCUUCAAGAGAACCACAAGGGCAAGGUCAAACAUACACCAGCAAAAAGCAUUUCUACCAUCAUGGGAAAAACACAGUUACACAUUAUUAGGCUGAACUCCUGCCACAAUAACUGAAGCCAAAUAUUCUGAACGUAUUCAAGCAUCGAUGUGGAGAAAUUAACUUUGAAAUUACUUUCCCAGAUUCCUAAAGACCAGCAUGUGCUGCGUUUCCUGAGGGCCAGGGAUUUCAACUUAGACAAGGCCAGAGAGCUGUUGUGUCAGUCACUCACCUGGAGGAAGCAGCACCAGGUGGACUUCCUGCUGGACACAUGGGAGCGCCCUCAACUGAUGCAGGACUAUUACACUGGAGGCUGGCAUCACCAUGACAGAGGUACUAUGAGAACAAUGCAGGCUGCCUAUUUCUUUGUCACUAAAGUCUGCGCCACUGCCCAAAGUCAAAAUACAUUUGUGAUUAAAACAAGAAAUGAACUGACCCUGAUGAGUGCUUUUAAAAACAAAAGUAAAAGCAUUAAAGGGAUAUUCCGGUGUUAAACUAGUUAUUUGUGGCUACAUAGUGGCUUUUUGGUUGAGCACGUGGCUCUUGAGACAGCUGUGUAUUGCUAUUAUGCGGUCAUUACUUAAGUUGGUAUAACUAGAGAAGCAAGCAGUCGGCAGCAUUCAUCUCUCUACAGGGUGUCUAACUCGGUGUUAAGGUGUGUUUGACCCUAAUUUAAUUUUAUGCCGGAAUAUCUCUUUAACAAUCACCAGGUUUUGUAUAGCCAGUCUUUUGCUUAAAUAGAAAUUGUGCUUCUUCUCUAUUGUGAGAAAAAAAAUCACAUUAUGAAGACAGUAUCAUGACUAUACUGUAUCAUUAGAUGAGCGCACGGUGACAUCCCUGCUUGUAUUUAACGAAAGUGAAAAUAAAGAUAAAGAUGCAGAGUGACUCAUUUGCUUUCUUCAUCAAGUCCACACUGGUUGGAAUUCUCUGUUAAUUAUUGACUGUUUUCGUCUGAGCGCCAUCUGUCAGAGCUCCAGUGUUUGAAAAUGAGUCAUAGCUUUUCUCAGCUCAGCUAAUCAACCUGAUGACUUCUGAUGUAGACUUAGGAAGUACCCUCUGUUUGUUCCCAUGCUCAUUUAUAUCCAGUCUGGACAUUAAACAACAGCUGCACGCACGUACAUGAAGAGGAGGAUUUUUAAUUUAUUAAAAUAUAAAGGGUUGGCUCAUUCUCUCUGUUAACAUUAUUGACAGUCUAUUAAAAAAUCUUUGUUUUAAUGUGUGCUUUUUGUGUGUUUAGAUGGCCGUCCUCUGUAUGUCCUACGUCUGGGACAAAUGGACACAAAAGGUUUGGUACGAGCCCUUGGAGAGGAGGUGCUGCUGAGACAGGUGACAUGAAUACUUUAAUGACAAAAAGUACAUUUACAGUCAUUUCUAUUUCAGAUAUCUUCAGGUAUAUUUAUGCUUUAACUUAAUGAUUAUGCUUCAGGUGUUGUCUCUCAAUGAGGAGGGCCUGAGGCGCUGUGAAGAAAACACCAGAGUCUUCGGUCGACCCAUCAGGUGCAUGGAUGAGUACUCUUCCAUCCUGUGUUGUUGUCUCAAGUAACCCGAUGUACAUUCUUGCAUAUGCAGUUAUUUCAUAGCUGUGUCGAUGUGUCUUGAAGCUGUUGGACCUGCUUGGUGGAUCUGGAGGGCCUGAACAUGCGGCACCUGUGGAGACCAGGUGUUAAAGCUCUGCUGAGAAUCAUCGAGGUGGUGGAGGCAAACUACCCUGAGACUCUAGGCCGCCUCCUCAUCCUGAGGGCACCCAGAGUUUUCCCAGUGCUCUGGACCCUGGUGAGAACAGCUUUAGGAUCUCAUAUAACCUGCUCCUGUUGAUUUGUAUUUAAUUGAUAAUCUGCCCAUGAAAGAAUGGAUCCACUUUUAUGAUGAAGUUAGAGAAGCAGAUGUGUCUGUGCACAAGUUCUUAAUAGUUGAGUGGGGCAAGGCAACAUUAUGAUUUAGAGAUAAUAUAAACAAAGCCAAAAUGGAGAUGGGGGAUAAUUAGACUUAUGCAUUAUGCAUGAGGGAAACUCUUUAAGUGCUACAGCAGUAUACAUUUGUAAAGUUUGCAGAAGAGUAAUAGUAUUCUGCAAAGAAAUAAAGGUAAGAUGUAUUACAAGCACAUUAACGUGUAAAAAUAAAUCCCAACCUAUAACAAGUGCUUAACUGUGUAUGCUUAAAGCAUCCGCUUUAAGUUUAGGCUGAAUCUACCCAUAGAUGGCUCAGUCUUUAAGAGCUACUGGAAUACAAAACAACAGAGGGUUCAUACAGCAUCCCAGAAUAAGGUGUUGUAAUGGUAUGCACAUGCUGUUGCUUUCAUGCUCUUUGACAAAGCUUGUUUUGUUUUGUUAUUUUAUUUUACAGGUCAGCCCUCUAAUAGAUGAAAACACCCGGAAAAAGUUUCUUGUGUAUGCUGGAAAUGAUUACCAGGGUGCAGGAGGACUGGUGGACUACAUCGACAAACAAAUCAUCCCUGAGUUUUUAGGAGGCGACUGCAUGGUGAGAUGAUUCAACUUUUAGAAAAACUAUUUUUUACAUUUAUUCCUAGAAAAUACAAAUAAUGUUUCUUAGCCUUCCAUUCAUGUAUAAAUUUCAGCUCUGGUAGGAGAAAUGAGAAAAUAUUCAAGAUGUACUCAUGGAACAAUUUUUGUUUGCAGAGGACAUUAACACGUGAAAAGAUGCGGUAAUGUGAUUUGUCUCUUGCUGUCAUGUUUAAACUUCGUUUUUCUCCCUCUCUCUCUCUAGUGUGACAUCCCUGAAGGAGGUUUGGUUCCUAAAUCUCUGUACAGGACAGCAGAGGAGCUGGAGAGUGAAGAAAACCGCCUGUUGACUGACUCAGUCUACAAGAGCGCCAGUAUUUUCAAGGGAGCCCCGUAUGAGGUACAGAGUCUGCUAUUUAACCUAAAACCACAUCUACAUGUUUUUCCUUAAAGCUCAUUUCCAACACCAACUGUAACUGGAAUGAUCUUCUAAGAAAAUUUGUAACGAUAAGAAUAAAAGUUGACAUCAUGAGAUAGAAAGUUAAAAUUGUUAUGAGAAAAAGUCAAAAUAAGUCCAAAAACCACAGCUUUGAAAUUAAAGUUUACAUAGUGACUUGAAACUGGAGAUAAUGUGAUAGUUAUAACUUUGAGCUACAAAGUCUGAAUAUAAUAGAUUAUAGUUAUUGUUUGAAAAAAACAUACUAAAAAACAUGUGAUGACCAUAAUUCAUUGUCAUAUUUUGGAAUUUCUAUCACAUUUUGACUUUUCUGUCACGCUGUUGAAACUUUGGAACUUACACCUCUGACCUUUUGUGUCAUAACUAUAGUCUCUAUUAUAAGAUAUACAGAUCAAUUUAAGGGAUAAGAAUUUGAUAUAUUUGCUUAGAAUCUAGACUUAUGAUGUCUUAGUUUUAUCUUAUUUGAUUACCAUGACUUUUGAUCUGGGACUCCCUCAAAAACAAGAUUGGAAAUCUCAAGGGGUUUAUCCCAUCUUAAAAAGUUUUUAAAAAAUGUUAUAAAUGUGGCACUUUUUCCAUAAGUUUCCAUUUUCUUACAACUCACAUUCAUGUCAUAAUGUUAAUCUUUCAUUCUGAUUGAUACUUUCUAUCUUAUAAUCUAACCUUUUUUGAAAAUAUAUAUAUAUUUGCCUUUUUUGUGAUGACAAUGACUUUCUAUCUCAUACGUUACCUUUGGCUCAAAAUUUUGACAUGUUAUCUCAUGAUCAUUACAUGUUCUGGAAUGAUCAUUACUUUUUGUGAUCUCACAAUGACUUUCUCUAUCAUCAUUUUUACUGUUUAUUUAAUGAUUAAAUGUCAUUGAGAUAGGGAGGAAUUUUUCUAUAUUUCAACAUUAUGUCUCUGCUUGAAUAUACUGUGGAUAAGAGCACCACCAGCUGGAGGAAAUCUACAUUUCAGGCUUUAAGAGAAAGAAAACAUGAUUAAUGGCUGGCUCACUGUUUUUCUGUGUUUCCACUAAUCUUACGUCUUCCUGCAGCUGCUGAUUGAAAUCACUGAAGCUUCUUCUGUCAUCACCUGGGAUUUUGACGUGUCCAAAGGAGAUGUGAUUUUCAACAUAUACCACUCCAAGAGGGCGCCACAGCCUCCUAAGAGGGACACUUUAGGAGCCCAUGGCAUACCAUCACCUGGUGCGGUUAAUGCACAGCUGAUAGACAGAGGCUGGGUGCUGGGUCAGGACUACAGCAUGGUGGAGAAAGCCCUCCUCUGCAAAGAGGGAGAGAGUGUACAGGUUAGGACAUUAGGAGGGCAUUCUUGCAGCAACUUAACUUGAUUUGACUCUUUUUUUCUACCAAGUCAAAGCAGUUUGACUGUCUGUCACUGCAGUUUUAUUUCAAUCCUGUAUCUUUCUGAUAUCAGGGCUCUCAUGUGACACGCUGGCCCGGCUUCUUCAUCCUCCAGUGGCGCUUCCACAGCUCCCCAGCCUGCUCUGCCUCCAGUCUGCCUCGUGUAGAUGAUGUGCUGGCCUCUCUGCAGGUCUCCUCCCACAAGUGUAAGAUCAUGUACUACACCGAGGUGCUGGCAUCCCAUGACUUCAGGUCAGUAUGGUAAUUUUUCUUUAUGGUCAUGUCCUGUUUGUACUAUCCUGAUGCAGUAACUCAUGCAUGCUGCACUGAUCUUCUAUAUCUAACCAAACAUUUAGGAUAUUUCCAGGUGUUAAAUCUUCUUGUAUUUUACAGAAAUCUUUGUCUGGUGUUUUUUUCUGAUAAUUCUGUAUUAGUGUUUGUAUUUACCAUAACAAAAGAAAUGAUUUUCCAACUGUUUCUCUACCCUCUAGGGGAUCCAUGACCAGUCUGGAGUCAAGUCAUAGUGGUUUCUCCCUGCUAAGCGCCGCCACUACCUCCUCUAAUCAGUCACACGGCAGCUCUGUCAUCUCAAGGUAGUGUCUGUCCGGCCUUACUGCGGAUGUGCCUUUAUUGCUCAGAAAACAAGGACAUUUUUUACACUUAACACUCAAACAAAAUAUGAUGAGAAUCUUUAAAAGGAUUUUUAUAUUGACAUUUUUGUGGAUGUCUGUUUCCAGAGUUAUGUAAAAAUAUCAUUUUCAUGUGACUGUAUCAUGACUAACUUUUUAAAAUCAGAUUAUUAGCAGUAUUUAGUUUAACCAAUACAAUGCCUUGUUAAAAUGUUGUAUAAUUGUAAAUGCUGUUGUUGCUAGAGAUUCUGAUCAUGACUGCCACUACUCAAAAGCAUCUAAUGGAUCAGUAAAAGAAAAGUCAAUGUUUGAAAUACAUCAAAGUAAAAACUAAGGAAGGUGCAUUUGAAGUUUCUUUUGUUAUCCACUAGAUGUCACUGUACUCCGUGUGUGUCACUGCUCUUAGAUCUAACUGUACUUGAAGAAUUUUUGGUGUAUUUCACUCACUUUGCCUGAAAUUUAGUGAAAUCACAAGAAGUGUUUUUAAUAAAGAAUCUAUCACAAACAUGAAAACCGUAUCACUCCUGAGUUUGUCUUUAUACUUAAUAAAUGUUGAACGAUGCUGUGUAUAUUCUUCUCAGAGCGGUAGGUCAGAUCAAAAAACUAUAUAACAGUGUUUCAAAGUCUACAGUGCACAUUUUACAUUUGUUGUGCCUUAUUUUGGGCUUGUUCAGCAAAUCUGCAGGGAUUUCUGUGCUGGUUGCUUUGAAUUCAGUAUACUUCAGCUUUUAUUUAAUCUGGCCCAAGGCCAGGCAGAUGACUUAUUUACAUAAAACCUCAUUUUCAUAGAUUUAUCAGAUGCUUCCAGCUAAAGCUAAAUUAAAACUGCAGCAACUGAUGUAACUUAUUCAGUGUUAAAAUCUGUCCUUCUUAGGCAGUUAUGAGACUUCAGGUUGGACUGCAUAACCAAGUUUUGUAAAAACUGAUAUUUGUUCUAUUAAAGCCCUGUAGCCUGAGUUCAGAGAAGUGCUACAUACAAGGAUUAAAGCUUUAUCACAAAAUAUUACAACAAAUCAAGUCAGGCUUGAGAUCAGACAUUUGAAGAUUAUCACUAUUGCUGGUUCCAUUACCAUCAAGCACAGCCACCAAUUUCCAGACUGGUGCGCCACUUGUGUCAAGGUUUGCAUCAACUACCUUCUGUCCUCUUCAGUUCUUGUUGUGUACAGGAGAGAGCUGUGUGCAUUCUGGGCAAGGCUUGACCACAAGUCUGACCUGAUGUUGGCUGAGCCUGCCUUUGUUCACUGGUAUGUGGGGGAGGAUAUGAAGGCGGGAGAUUUGUCUGAAGCCAAAGAGAACAUACGCGGCCCUGUGCAAGUAGUAUGAGAAGAUUUUCAUUCAUUACAACCUAAUUUAUUACAACCUAUAAUAUUGUAGAGGUUAAGUGCUACCACAAGUUUAAAAGUAACAGAGUACGAUCAAGCCAAAUAAAACUGACAUCAUAUCCAGGCAGGAUGUUUCCUGCAGUGUUUGUUCUUUUAAUUUUAUUGUGCAGCUCUUUGUUAAACUUGAAUGUUUUUUUUAAAAUGUGCUUUAUAAAUAAAGUGGAUUGGAUUGGAAAGUAGACACCCUCAUUUUCAUAGCAACCACAUCUUUUCUAUUAAAUAUUGUCAGACUUAAUUAAAAAUAAUACGGGUUUAGGGUUAAAUUAGGGGCGUUGUAAUUGACUGAAAUUGGAAAAGAUAAAACCACCCCUACCCUUUUUGAAUUCCCAGUAAAUAGGUAUGUAUAUAUCUUUUUUCUGCUGAAGCUAUUUGUACAUAUAAUAUACAACACAAGGGUCUAAGUAAUCUACUUUGUGUUUUGAGGCAAAAUUUAGUAAAAUAUUUUUGUGGUCACAAAACUUUUGUCUUCGUGGCCAAUUUACAAGCUAGCAAAUAGGCUAGACUACAUUUAAGACCUCUCCAUAAUCCAGCCCAGUGUAUGGUUAUUUGUAUUGUGUAUUUUCUCCCUUCUCACCAUGUCAGUGUAUUGCACAGGCUUGUCCCAACAACACUUGAACGCACCAUACGUAGGACGUACCGUACGCCUGACGUCAUCCGUUUCUCAACUCAUUCCUCCUUCGCUCUGAAACCAAAUCAGACCAGCUAACGGAAAGCUAACUAGCAAGCGGAGAGCUAACUAGCCACAUUUCAGAUAUACCUAGAUAUAUUGAUAAAGACUUGGAUUUAAAGGUCUUUUUCGGCAUCGUGUUCUACGGAAUUAAUUGAUUUCGCCGAAGAAUUUACGACGUAGCUUUCUCCCCGCGCCCGGAGAAAACACAGGUACGUAUCAGAGACGUUAGCUAGCUAAAGAGCGAGCUGAGUUUGAAGUUGGGCCUUUUGAAAAUAAAGGGUUUAGAGAUAUAACACGUCGCCUAUGAAACUGUUUAUUAAAAACAGAGUUGAAGCUGUGUCAGGGUAAUGAAAUGAGUCUCCGUGGAGUGUUUUAGUCUCAUAUAGCAGACAUUUGGUGUCUUACACACAGACGUAGCAACAGGCCUAUUUUGGCGCACGUGUUAAUGCUCACUAAAAGGAUUAUAUCGUACAAAUUUUCUGAUGAAAUCUGUCUCGGUUGUACUUUACUACAAAAACACGGAUUCAAACAGCCUUUUGUUUGAUCAUGACAUGUUAUAAGUAACCUGGGCUACACUUGAAAUAGACAGCUUACAUAAAAAGCUUUAGUCAUGUACUGUAGAGCAGUAUGCUGGUGUUUUAGUUAUUUCGUGAAACCCGGGUGCUGUUACUGCUUUGUUGUAGAUCAGCUUCAUAUCUUUAGUACUUCACAUAUAGCUAGCGCAUUCGUCCUGAACCUCCCCUGGCUUAUUUAUGUCAGCCAUUUUAGAGUUCAAAGUUCCACAGCAUAAUAAAAGGCUCAAAAAUGGCAAGAGCAUAAACCGUAGAAGUCAGUACUGAUAGAUUCUAAUGCAAGAUAGAUAAGUUAUGCACGUUAAUGAUGAAGAGUGCAAGUCUUGUUGUAUUUUCAAACAUGUAUUUGUAAUGUUUUGUCUCAGUGACAUUGGUAUCCCUCAACUUAAUCUUAUUCUGUCACUGUUAACACUCAAAGCUUUCUACAAAAGGUGACAUUAGCACUGUUAGUUUGGAAAAAUAGGGGCGAAAAGUGUCAGAUUAAAUGGGCCUGUUUUUCCUAACAUGGUAGGAGACAGAUGAUGCUCUUUGUGUUUUUAUCAUUUACAAAAGCCUGAAAUGUUGUAAUGAGCACAGGAACAAAACCUGUGUAAACUUGCUGAUUUCGUCCCCAAAUCCUGGAAAUAACAAAAAGAUAGUCUCUUUAUGACAGACUCUGACUCUGGACUUGGGGUGUCAAACUCAACCACAGCAAGGGCCAUAAUCUGGAUUUAGGUCUAACCUGAGGGUCAAACAGGGUCAACAUGUUACCAAAACUGUCAACCCUACUUUUCAAAAUAUAUGUAACAAAAACAGCAAUGAUUAUAAAUCAUUUAGAAAUUCAAAAAAGAUACAAAGAUAAGUUUAAAGGCAAUCUGAGAUAGAAACAUUUUCAUUUUUUUAUUCCAAUCAUGUUUGACUCGUAAUCUUAAAAUGCAAAAUUGAAAACAUGAAAUAAAAUAGUAAAUAUUUUUUCCCCCACAUUCUCGACUAUUUAUCAAAUCUUCCGUACUCAUUAAUUUCCCAGAUUUUUGUGGCUUAUGAAGGACAUUCUUUAAAAAAAAUGGUGCUAAAUUUUACAUUAUUAUACUGGAGGAAAUCUGCAGACUUCGAACUAGUGGGUCAAUAAUAAUACAAAUGAGAUGAUCUUGUGGGCCAGUCAUACUUGUUCCCCAGGCCUUGAGUUUGACACCUGUGCAAUAAAGUAAUAAUCUUCUACCUGGUUUGAUACCAGCGCUGUGGUUUAAUGCAUAAAUCACUUUGCUAAUCCGUGUUACCCUUUUUUAUGGCAGAGCCAUGUACAAUGGUAUUGGCCUGACAACUCCGCGGGGCAGCGGCACCAAUGGCUAUGUGCAGCGUAACCUGUCGAGCCUGCGGGUCAAACGGCCAAGGGAUGAACGAGGCGGUGAGCGGGAUGAGAAGGAUCGGGAAAGGCUAGAGAGUCAGCUCAACAGGCAGCCCAAUGCUGACAUUCUGGAGCACCAACGGAAGAGGCAGCUGGAGGUCAAGUGUGCUGAACUGCAGGACAUGAUGGAGGAGCAAGGGUAUUGAUCACCUGCUUUCAUUUAUCAUCAAUUUCACUUAUAUUUGAGUAAAGUAAGAUACUACUUUUUAAUGUACAUCAAUUUGUUUCAGUGCUACUUAAAUUUUGUAUGCAUUAAUAGAUAUUAUUUUGAUCAGAUGAAGGGCUUGUAUAAGGUUAGUUAUUUGCAAAACUAUAUACACAGUCUAUUCUGUGCAAUAAUAUACGACACAGUUAACAGUACUUGAUGCAGAGGAGUAAAAUAAAACUUCUAGUAUUUCUCAUGGUGUUAAACAUUGGUCUCUAUUGAUUUUUUUCAGGUAUUCAGCUGAGGAAAUUGAAGAGAAGGUGAAUAGCUUCCGUAUGAUGCUCCAGGAGAAGCAGGAGCCGGCUCCAGCUUCCAAUGAGAGACCGACGUAAGCGCAACAUAAUCAGCCAGAGUGAUUGUUUGCUAAUUAGAUGAAGGGAACAGCUUGAAUACAUGUUUUGAGGUCUUUUUUUAUUUCAGUUUAGAUGAAACCUCACUAUCAAACAUCAUCCAUCGUCUCAUCCUUUCAUGUUGCACAGUGUGACUCAGUCGGGGCUGUGUGUGUCUUUUCUCUCAGGGCUACAGAGACUCAUGCUCUGGCUGCUGCCAACCAGCAGAAGAACGACCGUCUUCGUGCUGCUUUUGGAAUCUCCAGCGACUAUGUAGAUGGAUCGUCCUUCCAUGCUGACCGCAAGGAGAAAGAAAAGGAGAAAAGAGAGCAGGAACGCUUGGAGAGGGAGAGGCUGCAGCAGCAGAAAUACACGUGAGUAGGACAAGCAAGGAACAAACAUUAACUUCACACUUCUUUCACAUUUUGAUCAAGUUAAGCAAAGUAACAAAGCAAGUCGUGUGGCUAAAAAAAUAACUGUGAACAUGUUAUGUGAAAAAUAUCUUCACACAUAUCUCACUGCACAGCUACAACGACACAGAAGCGCAGGAUGAUCAUAAAUAAAACUAAGCUUCAACCUUCAAAGGAGACAUGGUGCAUUUGUGGUCAGAGAGUCCUUGCUUGUUGAUAUAAUACUGCAAUGGCCUUUGUCAGCUAUAAAGCUCUGUUGCUGCUCUGAGAGCUGGUUUGAAAUGAUCUGAGACGUGACUAGUUUUAAUCUGAAAGCCUUGUGGUUCAUUGUCUGGGCACCCUCAGGUUGGUGGAAGUUUCAGACGAUUCAGAAUCUCCUCCGAAGAAGCGCAGCCGAAAGAAGAAGAAGAAAAACAAAAACCGAGACAGGUGGGAGAACCAGCUGAACGUGAGCAGUAAAAGUCCCUCUACUUAAGAGAAAAUGUGACUUUCUUUUGUCUCUUUUUCUACAGCUCUGAGAGUCCCUCCCCGUCUCCUCGCAGAGAGAAGAAAAAAUCCAAAAAGAAGAAAAAGAAACGGUGUCUGAUCACAUUCUUACUUUUUUGUUUAAUCAUAUGAUUUCACCAGGGUGUUAAAUAUUGACUAACCUUUUUGUCUGUCUGUUUCAGUGAGGUAUCUGAAGAUGAGGAAGAAGAGAGGUAGGUUCUCAAUUAAUUUGAUAUCAAUUUUCUUAAACGAAUGUUUAUCAAAAUCAAUUUUGACGGCUUUCAAGCCAUUUAAAUCUCAUAUUUGAUUAAAAGUAGUGCAAAGUAUCACCAAGGAAACUUUUACAGUUAUUUGUAUAAUAGUUAUUUACCUCUAUCUCUCUGGACUCGCGCAGUUCUUCAGACGAGAAGCAGAAAGUGACAAAGAAGAAGAGGAAGAAUAGUGAAAGUUCCAGUCCUCCAAAAACAAAGCCAGUGCGACGCAGGAGUGUCUCCUCCAGCUCCGUCAGCAGGUAUGAAAUGAUCAAAUGACGGCAUUGAUUUUCUGUACCUCUGAUGUCUCGAUUUUAAAGACUUUUGCCACCAUUGAACUGUUAGUAUAACAGAGGAAGCAGACUUCUGUUGCACAACACACAAGCUGCAGCCUUGUGCUUGUGCCAUUUCUUUGGUCCUGUGAUACAUACAUCAAUAAAUGCAUCCUAAUAUCUGAGUCAGACCAGCACCUGCUCAGUAGAUCUUUCUCUGUAACAGAUUCUGCUCCCAGAUUCUGAUUCACACUGGCAAAAGAAAAUACAUUCAUUUUAGGUUUUUGGAAGCCACUAAGUUUGUUAGAAAUUGAUUUACUCUGCAAAAUCCAUUUUCCAGACCAGGAAAUUUCAGUACGUGUUUUAUGUUUCCUUCCUAACAGCUCAUCUCCAGCUCCUCUGAGAUCACAUCAGCAAGAACAAGCAGCAAGAAAAGCUGAUGAAGGUAGAAAAGGGAGAUCACCAGAGAAGAAGAGACACGACAGCCCACAUCAUCACGAAGGGGUAAGUCUGUGGCUUGUAAACCUUAUUUAAAUGCAGACUUUGGCACACAGUGUCUCACAUUAAAGUCAAUUUUUUUUUAUUGUGUUCAGAAUCACUCCAACUCUUUUUUUUCUCUACAUCUAGAAAAGGUCCAAUCUUGAGAGAGGAAAAGAGCAACCAAGAGAGCCAGAGAAAGCCUCCACAAAAAGGAGACACGACUCCUCAUCUCCCUCCCCACCUCCAGAAAAAAGCAGAGAGAAGGAAAAGGGGAGGAGGUCCGGAAGCAAACAGAAGGAGAGUGAGAAGAGGAGGCACUCCAGGAGCAGAGAGCCGGAGAAAAGGAGGCGCUCCAGGAGCAUAGAAAAUGAAAGAGACCAAGGAGGGCGCUCCAGAAGUAGGGAAAUAGAGAGAGGAGGACUUUCGAGGAGUAGAGAGGAUGAGAGACAAAGAGGGAGGCGCUCAGUGAGUGUAGAAAUGGAGAAAGGGGGGCGGUCUAGAAAUAGAGAUGUUGAGAGGGGGAGGCGAUCAAGAAGCAGAGACUUGGAGAAAGGGAGGCGAUCAAGGAGCAGAGACAUGGAAAAAGGGAGGAGAUCAAGAAGCAGGGAAGUGGAGAAAGGGAGGCGAUCAAGGAGCAAGGAGGUGGAAAAGAGGAGGCAAUCCAGGAGCAGAGAGGUGGAGAAGGGGAGACGGUCCAGGAGCAGAGAGAUGGAGAAAGGGAGGCGGUCCAGGAGCAGGGAGGUGGAGAAGGGAAGUCAGUCCAAGAGCAGAGAUCUGGAGAGGAGGCGCAGAUCAAGGAGCAGAGACAUGGAAAGGGGGACGCAGUCUAGAAACAGAGAUGUUGAGAGAAAGAGGCAGUCUAGAAGCAAGGAAAGGAGGGAUAAAGGAAAGCCGAGUGCUCCUCAGAGGGGGAGACAGGACUCCUUCUCAUCCUCCUCUCCCUCUCCUCCACCUCCUCCUCCAUCCAAACAGGAGGUUAGGAGGGAAGAAAGAAGCAGAGAAAAAGACACGAAUAAGCAGGACAGAAAGACAAGACAUGACUCCUCGUCCCCAUCUCCUCCCCCUGAGAAGGAAAGGGUGAGGAGGGAGAGGAGCGGUGAGAGGGAGCGCAGGACUGAUAGAGCUGUGCCCUCCAGGGUGCAAAAUGAUCGAGACAACAGGAGAGAAACUGGGAGGAGACAGGAAAGAGAGGAGUCUCCUUACCAGCAGAAAAACGACAAAAGAAAGGACGGGCACCUGUCCCGUGAUUCUCUAUCACCUCCUCCACGCUCUCCUGUCACCUCAGGACGUCAGAGAGAAAGGGAGGAGGAGAGGAGAAGAGAGGAGAGGGAAAGGCUUCUGAACAAGCAGAGGGAGCAGGACAGAGAGCAUGAUCUCGAGGUUAGUAGAAAGAGAGAUGAGGCCGUCCGACCAUCUUCAGAGAAAAGCAGGAGUGAAAGAGACGAGACGAACAGGAAAGGUGAAACCAGAAGCCCUCCGAGGAAGGAGAAACACGGAGCGAAACAGGCUGAGAAGAAAAGAGAGAGUAGCAGCAGCAGUAGCAGCAGUAGUAGUAGCAGCAGUAGCGGUAGUGACAGUGACAGCUCCUCGUCCUCCUCCUCGUCUUCUUCCUCAUCCUCCUCUUCCUCUGAAGAUGAAGAGGAAGCCAGCAAAAGCAAAAAAGUUCCCUCAUUAGUCCAGGAAAGAAGAAGCCCUCCCAAAAACGCCAUCGGUGAUGCAGUCCAGAGGUAUUUAGCCAACGGAAGAAAGGAAAGCCCUCCUUCUACUUCUGAAGGAGACAGGCGAGCUCAGAAGGAGAGAGACGAGGAGAACAAGCGUGAAAGAGAGAGGGGCUCCCACAGAGCUCCUGCGGAGAGUUACUCCUCCAGCAACAGAGGUCAGGAGCGAUACAGCCCCUCACAGAUGGACAGCCCCAGUCCACCUCCUUCUCCACCAAAGAGAGCUGAGCCCAGCCGAGGCAGCAGUCGAUACUCUCCCUUUGAGGCCGAAACCGAGAAAACGAGGGCAGACUUGACCAGUGAAAGGGAGAGAGGGCGGGAAAAGGACUCAGCCAGGAGGCCUGCGAGGUCCAGCCCCUCUAAUAGGAGGUCACGCUCCCCGCCCCAGAAAACCUCUUCCGCCUCCCUGACCCGUCGCACUCCACCAAGGCAGUAUCAGGAACCCCCGUACCGAUCCAGGAGAGCCUCUCCACCCAGGUCAGACCGUGACAGAGAGAGACAGAGGGACAGAGAGAGGGACAGAGAACGUGAGCGGGUCACCAGGAGGAGCAGGUCCAGAAGUCCAAGAAGGCACAGCAGGUCCAGGUCAAGGAGUCCAAGAAGGAGAAGCCCACCCAGGAGAAGCCCACCCAGGAGAAGCCCACCUAACAGGUGAGAUGAGGUCCUGCUGUACAGCUGGACAACAGAGCUUUUUGUAACUGUGUCUUUUGAAGGAUUUAACAACUCAUUUAGUGCAGAACUGCAUCAAUUAAACCCCCUUCAACCUAACAGCCCUGCAACACUCCUGUUUGGGUCUUUAAUUAUUCAUCACUGCCUUGUAAAGCAAGUCAUCUAUAGGUUUGAGACUGAGAAACUGCUUUGUGUAUUUGGCAUUAAAAUGUUACUGUAUUUAAACUUUGCAUCCUGCUCAUUCUGCCAUUUGGCAACUGGUAUCACUGACUACUAGCAGAGAGGAGCAAGACAAACACAAUACUCAUAAGAAAAAUGAUAACAAUUGAUUUGAUAUUUUUUCCUCCAGGUCCCGCCUCUCCCCCUCUCCACAGCGCAGGAGGAGAAGCAGUCGCUCCUUGUCCAGAGAAAGAGCGAGAGAAAGGGAGCAAGAACGAAUCAGGCAGAGGGAGGCAGAACAAGAGAGACAGAGAGAAAAGGAGCGUCCGCCCCCAAAAGAUGUCCCUAAAUCCCACAGGUCCUCCUCAUCCUCCUCCUCCUCCAGCUCCUCCUCUUCCUCCUCAUCCUCUCCUUCUCCACAGCGUGAGAGGAAAGAUACAAAAGCACCAACAGAGAGAGACAGAAGGGAUGAGCGAGAGGCCAAACCGAGAGAGGAUAGAGAGCAGAAAAGCCGUUCCUUGUCUUCACAGCGACCGUCCAGAGACUCUCACGCUCCAGCGUCAGGUCAAAGAGUCUCCCAGUCAGAUUCCCGGCGACCUGAUGCGGCCUCCAGGAGGUCUCCCGCCGAUAGCCAACCAGAGAGCAAACUGUCCUCACGUGGUCCAAGCAGGAAGCAGUCACCUGCGCCUGCCGCUAAACAGUCGGACCAAGCGGUCAGAAGUGAGAGCGCGGUCAACGGGAAGGAGGCGAACGCAGCCAAAAUAGCCAAAAUGGCCAGCAGCUCUAGUUCCAGCUCCUCCUCGUCCUCUUCUUCUUCCUCCUCUUCCUCCUCCUCCUCCGACAGCUCCGACUCUGAGGCAGAACAAGGAAAAGGGUGAGAAUAAGAAAGCAAAGUCAAAACCUUAAAAACGUUUCUGACUUUCAGCAGACUCAUUUUGAUCAAAUGAAGGUAAAAAAAAUGUAGUUAUUCCUCUCUCAAGUAUGUGUUUUCUUUUAACAGUAAAGCUGCUAAAGCUCGGAGCUCUUCUUCCUCAUCAUCUUCCUCAUCAGAGAAUGAAAAGGAUGAAAAGGAAACAAAGAAAAACAGGUAAGAGAAAACACACACUUUAAAAAAACUAAUACUUCCACUGUAAGACUUUGGUAACUUAUGAAAGUAAAGUCUUGCUCAGUCAACCUUGGGUGACAAAACAAGGGUCCAGCAGCAGCACCAUGCUAGUCGCCAAACUAUGAUUGACAGUUGUGCGUUUUCUCCACAGCUCAGACAGGCCGGGGAGGGUGCCAGCUGAUUCGCUGAGAGAUUCCCGCUCCCUCAGCUAUUCUCCUCCGAGGUACAUUAGAGCAGCACCGUCCUCACAGAGCCGCAGGUUCGUGUUUACUCCGCGACAUUUGACCUACAAGGAGUGUACCAGCAGCUUUGACUAGAAACAAACAUUCGCAACUUCUGGUGUAAGGUGUCAGUACAAGGACUAGGUUAGUUACAGUACCAGAAUUUUGAUUUACAAAAAAGGGAACCAAUAUUUUUCUGAGAUACCAGCGCAAAAAUAGAGAAUCACUCACAGCUCAGAGGUCGGGGCUGUAAUUUAUACAGAUUAAAAAUAUAAUAAAGGGGAAAAGGAACAAAAACAAGUGUUACAGCUCAAGUGGUUUUAACAGUGUCCUAUAGAAGUUAAAAAAACAACAACUUUUGAUUGUUUAGUUCCUCUUUUAAAAAUCCAUAUAAGAUUUUUUUAAAAUAAUUAUUUAAAGUUGACGGUGUGCCGACACAACCACUGACAGCUCAAAUGUGUUGUUUUUAAAUGUGUUGUUCAAGUCUUCAAAAAGGUUUUUGAAAGGUCCUACAUAGACCCUGUACAUGAUGCCUCAGUAUGAGGUGCCAAAGCUUUUAUUCUCACAUCAAAGAGCAGAAAACACUCACACAGGGCUAAGGUUCGAGUGUGACCUUGGCUGCAUACAAAUGACAUUCUCUGGCCUGCAUAGAGGUGUGUUCGUGCUUUUUCAUUCGUAACAGUUGUAAAGCUGUCGAACUGUCGGGAAAUUCGAUUAGUUUUCUCGUUUCAUGCCUUCACUCAGUCUCUUAAUUACCCCUUCAGAAAGCCAGAUUAGCUCAGUUCAUUCUCUUGUUUUCUUGAAUUUGAAAAUCUGACUGUGGGGCUCUACUUUUAUAAGUUUUACUGUUUUAUUCAGGUGUGAAAAAUCUUUAAAAAAUGGAUAUACUCUUCAAAAACAACCAAGAAGUAUUGGUGAACAUUUUGAUCCUUACAGCCAGCGUUGAAGGAUCUGGCAUACAUGCUGCUUCUCUUUGCUGCUUCUUUAUUUGGUGUGAUCUAAAAAUUAUGACAUGCGCUCCAUUGUGCCUCUGGUUGAGCCCUCAGCUGAUUGACAUAUAAAUUUACAUUUGAUGCCACAAGUAGAAAGUAGAUGGUUUCUUUGUCUGCACCCAUAGCUCUCAGUCUUCAGUAAACUUUGCACAAGAUUUUAUUUUUCCUUUUUGUUUUAAUUCAAGUGCCACCAGCUACUAUGACUACCUAAUUCCUCCACAGGGAUUUGUUAUCUGCCUGUUGCCAUUUUUCAUGACUAAGAGGAUUUCAGGAUGUGUGAGGGACUGAUAGGAGUGUGAAACUGUGUGUGCGAUACUUGCUGUCUUGUGAAUAUUUCCAUAAUGAAACACAUCUUCUUGUGUCUUUUAUCCCCGCAGGACUGGCAGCAGACAGUCACCGAGCCGAACGUCCAGCAGCAGACAAAGGAAAUGA